GAAGUGGAGAAGUCAGCUGACACGACCAAAACAAAUAUGGCGGCAACAUUAGCGACGGUUAAACACGUUUAAGCUUAUAGUGAGUCUUUCUUCGUCUCUCCUACUUUUGACUGUUGGUUUUACAAAUCUCAGCUUUUAUAAAGUGACCGUCUAACUAAUUAAAUGUUUCCGGACCGUGUUCUGAACGAGGCCUAACCCGGAAAACAAACGGAAGUGUCCGUCGCUCAUUUGAAACCAAACAUCCGCCUGUGUAACGCCUGUGUUUACAAUGUUAGCUUGUCGCUUCAGAUGAAGAAACAAAGAUGAGGAAACCAUGAAAAGUAAAUCAUUUAUCGUCCGUUUAGCGGUGCGAGGAAUGGCGUACUGUUUCGCCUGGCACAGAGGAUCAAUCAACGAGUGUCUCACCGUGAACAAAUAAACGAAACAUGGACUUUACCGUGGAGACAAUCGAGAGGUAAACAUCGAUAAGAUACCAUGGGUUUGGUGAACUUUGUCAUCUCCACUGUAGGAAAAUGCCUCGACGCUGCUUGCUUGCUGCUGGACCUGAAUUUUGUCAUCGUCCACACGGUCGUCCGGACUAUCCUGGCCGUGGUCGCCUUCAUCACCAACCUGCCCACACUCCUCCUCAACUUAGUGCUGCAGUUGGGCAACUUUCUCCUGUUUUGCUUGAUGUCCAUGGCAGAGGCGACAUCAAACAUAGCCCAAGAUGCAGUCACCACGCUGGGCAGCUUGGUGCUGGCACUGGAGGGACUGCUGGAGAGCCUGAAGAUGGUGGGUUACCUGUCCAUGCACGUCCUGCUUCGAGGGAAGGACCACCUGUAUCGAGGUCUGCUGUCGGUGGUGGAGGGCUGCGGCAUCGCUGUCAGCCUGGUGGUCUAUUUCACCAACACGGUGGUCAACUUUGCACUCAUCGCCACCCAGAACCUGUACCUGGCGGUGGUCAGCGUGUGGCAGACGGUCUCCAGCCCGCUGCAGAAGGUGCUGGAGCUCACGUUGACCUCUUUCACCUUUCUCUACAGCAGUGUUGUUGGGACGUCAGCUUUCCUGUGGUCACCCUGUAAACUGGUAUUAGACUUUCUGGUCUCGCUGGUUCAUAUGUUCAUCAGCAUCUUUAUUCUGAACAUCUAUGGCCUCCUGCUAACUGUCACUAUCGCUCUAACAACCACUGCCUACCUAAACCCAGAACUGACCAGACAAGCUGCUAUGCGAAUUGUGGAUUACAUUAACUCUUUUCCUGCCCUGCGCAGACUUUAUCUGGCUCUACGCCGCCUGGCUUUGGCCCUGCAGAACACCCCAGACUCUGUACGUGGUGCCAUGCAACGCCUACAGAGGAUACUCCAUCACCUCCGCCUGCUAGAGAGACGACUUUGGCAGCAGCUGUCCCGACACAGCAGCCAGUUAGGCCUGGUGCUGAGGACACAUCUCCACAGGGACAACAACAACAGAGCACGUGGCGAUGGCGACCCCGGAGAGGAGAGGCGGGACCCACCUGACGGAAGAGCCGGGGAUGGAGUCCACCGGGAGCUGCUGGAUUUAGUUGUGCCCUCCUCCAGUACAAACAGACCUCUUAAGAAGCAGUCGUCUUCGGGUAAAGACAGUGAACCUCUGCCUGCUGAGAACCUGCUGACUCUGCUGAAGGAGCAGGAGGAAAGGAAGAAGUGUGUGAUCUGCCAGGAUUGUGCCAAGACGGUGGUGCUGCUGCCGUGCAGACACCUCUGCUUGUGUCGAGACUGUACAAACAUCCUGCUGAGGCAGCCGAUCUACCAACAGAACUGCCCGCUCUGUCGGCACAUGAUCCUCAACACUAUGGAUGUGUAUCUAUGAGGGAAUAACAGAAGUUGAUCUAAACCUGCUCGCUUCUAUACUUAAAGUGAAAUGAUGUUUUAUGUUACUGGGUUUACUGGGUUGUGUUAAAGGAUAUAUCUGGCUUUAUUUUAUGUUUUUCUUAUUGUCAACAAAUCCCAAAAUAGUUUCCUACUUCUCUAGUCUGUUGUCUGUGUAUUAAGUCCCACUUUUCUAAAACAGCGGGGCUCUGUAGUUGUUAACAUGUUGCUCAAACAGGCAUAAAUAGUGUUUGGGACUAUUUUCAGCCACAGAUUAAUACACAUGUGUUGCAGUAGUGAGUAUUCAUAUAUGUAGGGUUGACUCAAAAUAAACUACAGUGUUCAUUGUAAUGAAGACACAUGUCAUUGAUGUGUUUUUACAACAGCUGAGCUCUAUGUGCUUUAUGAAGCUUUAGCCACACAGACCAUUCUUGUUAGCAUGAUCAAUUUAUUAGGAUUUCUGGGAUUUGUUGGAUUACCAGAUCUAUCUGGUAAGAUUUGGUUUCAGGAAUGUGUAUUCUCUGAGAGCAAUAAAGGAAAGAAUUUUUUUUUUUGGUGCCAAGAUGCACCUGUGUAAAUAUCCAAGUGUUGCCAUGAUAUGUCUCAGGUCUUGUCGCCAUGGUAACCUGUAGGUACCCCUCCCUGAUGCUGAAAUGUUUACCACUGCUCAUGUCUUAAAUGUAGGCCGCUUUCAGUGGACCAAGCUGUGAAGAAAACUAACACUGUGCUUUUCUGCAUGAGUACACACAUGACUCCACACGCGUGUGUGUGUAUAACAGCAUACACUUAACGCCACAAGCUUUUGUUGCAGUGGAAGAUUUUACCAUUUAAAUAUACUCUUGUGAAUAAUGACCACUUCAGUUUAACUGUGUUGCAUAGAGCUUUUCACACAGAGCCAUGUUAAGAGAGUAAAAAAAAAAGGUUUUCUGUAUUUAAGGAAAGUGGUCUAUAAUUUUCCAGUCAGUCCUGAUAAAAUGCAGCUUUUAUUCCAUUUGUUCUAUUGAUAGGCCUUAUUCCAGUCUUCCAUCAGUGUUACAGUCACCACCAACACAAAAUCCAUAAAAGGUUUUCCCUUUCUUUUGUCAUUGCAAUAAAACAGAUUUCUGUCUGUAUAAAAGGACCAUAAACCAAUAAGGCUUUUUAAUUCCAUUUGUAUUUGUUUUUCCUUAUAUGUUGAUAUCAGUGUUUAAAGUUUACAUGGCAUUAUUGUGACACCACUUUAUGUGUAAUCAUUAUCGAUGGUGGCUGAUAUGGCGAAAGAAAGUACAAUCUGUUAUAUGCCUUCAUUUGUUUUUUGAAAAGUGUUUUACUUUAAACAGUUUGUAUGCUUUAAAGGAAUUUGAUUUCUGGGUUAUUUUUGUGACGGGAGCUAUGGAAUACCAAUUACUGACAUUAUUAUAUAAUCUACACAAACGACAACUCCUCUCAGGUAUUCCUAAAACAUGGAUGUAUGUAUUACUAACUAAAGAUUGCAGUGGACUGUAACAGCUCACAUGACCAUCAAAUGUUGCUACCUGCACUUUGUAUGACCUGUGUGAACGAAGUUGGACAGUGUGAUUUAGCGGACAUGAAUGUAACGUGUUUUUUAAGUGGGAUGGCUGCCACAUAACUGGCAAAUCUUCAUUUCAUAAUAAAACAACAGUCAUUGAAA